CACUUUUGAUGGAGACAGUAUGCUCUAAAAUGAUUUUUUGUAAAAUAAUUACAACAAAUACUUAACAUCUACAAAACACAAGUUCAGCAUAAAAAAUUGAAAGACAAUACAUUUUAUAGGUUAGCAGAUAUUUUCAAGAAUGCGCAAGUAUAGCCCAUUUCAAAAAACUGGGGAUAUUAUUAUUCUUUGUUGAAAUAUACCCUAAAAUAUUUAGAUGUAGUUAUACUGAAGAAAAUAAAACGUGCCAUUAUCGCCUCCACAGAUGGUCAAUAAAAUAAUAAUACACGUUGAAUAGAGAAAAUGUGUUUCAAUCUGAACUUUUACUCAACUGAUAACCAAAUCUACAUAGCCCCUAGAGGGGCAUCAAAGUAAAAAACGAAAUAAAUAAAAAUUCUGAAAAUGUAGGUGAAAACAUUUUUUUGGUUGCUAUCUGGUGUGCACCAGAUAUUAACUGGUGUGCGCUUGACAGUGCGCACAAGAUAAUAACUGAAAAAAUUUUAAAAAUUGAAGAAAAAAACUUUUUUCUGGUGUAUGCCAGAUAGUGCACACCAAAUAGUAACUGAUUUUUUUUUUCCUGGUUACUAUCCGGUUGCACACCAGAUACUACUUGCUGUAUGCCAGAUAGUGCACACCAUAUAGUAACUGUUUUUUUUUUUUUUUUCUAAAAAUUGAAGUUAAAAAAAACGGGUUAGUAUCUGGUGGGCACCAUUUAGUAACUUAGAAAAAGAUCCCUGUAAAAAAAAUAGUGGUAGUGAUUUUUUUAUCUGGUUACUAACUGUUUUUUUUUUUUACUUCAAUGUCCCAUAUAAAUCCCUAACAUCUUGUAGAAAAACUGUCAAUAAGUAGCAGGAGUUAGACAUUUGUUCCCUGACGACACAUCCCCUUUAAGGCCGCAGCAGACCCCUCCCCUUUAAGCCCCCGGCUACAUCAGGAGCUGCUCCUCUGACUGUGAUGGCCGGAGAAAGUCAGGGCUUCAGUUUUCCAUAGCUCGCCACGAGCCGCAGUCACGGCGUCUAUCACCCCGCAUAUCGUCAUAUCAUAGCCGCGAUGCGCUGGCCCGCCGGCCUCCCCGCCGCGUCGCUCCUCCUGCUGCUGUGCUGCUAUCGCGCUGCCCGUGGAUAUUUCGCGGAGGAGCGCUGGAGCCCCGAGUCUCCGCUGCUCGCUCCUCGGGUUCAUGUUGCCUUAAUUUGCAGAAACUCGGAGCACUCCUUGCCGCACUUCCUGGGUACUAUUGAGCGCCUGAACUAUCCCAAAGACCGCAUGGCUCUCUGGGUAGCAACUGAUCAUAAUGAGGACAACACUACAGCCGUUCUGCGGGAUUGGUUGGUAAAAGUGCAAAACCUUUACCAUUAUGUGGAGUGGAGGCCACAGGAGGAGCCCAGAUUUUAUGAUGACGAGGAAGGUCCGAAACACUGGACUGAUCUUCGCUAUGAGCACGUUAUGAAACUUCGGCAAGCAGCACUGGAGUCAGCUCGAGAAAUGUGGGCAGAUUACUUCAUGCUGGUGGAUUGUGACAACCUCCUUACCAAUCCUGACGUGAUCUGGAAGCUCAUCAAAGAAAAUAAGACUAUUAUUGCUCCAAUGCUUGAAUCUCGCGCAGCUUAUUCCAACUUCUGGUGUGGGAUGACCUCAGAGGGUUACUACAGGCGCACCCCUGCUUACAUACCCAUCAGGAGGCAGGUGCGGAAGGGCUGUUUUGCUGUUCCGAUGGUUCACUCGACAUUUCUGAUCGACCUCAGGAAAGAAGCAUCAAAGCAGCUCGCCUUUUUUCCUCCACAUCCAGAUUAUAGCUGGGCCUUUGAUGACAUCAUUGUUUUUGCGUAUUCUGCUCGGAUGGCAGAUGUUCAAAUGUUUGUAUGUAAUAGGGAGAGCUAUGGUUACUUCCCAGUACCACUGCGUUCCCAUAAUACUUUGCAAGAUGAAGCUGACAGCUUUUUGCAUGCCCUUUUGGAAGUUAAUGUGAGAAAUUCCCCAGUGAUGCCUUCUAAAUACAUGCCUGUUCCUAGAAAACAACUUGACAAAAUGGGCUUUGACGAGGUGUUUAUGAUAAACCUGCAGAGGCGGACAGAUCGCAAAGAGCGCAUGCUGAGAGCCUUGUACGAGCAGGAGAUUGCAUGUAAAAUCAUUGCAGCUGUAGACGGAAAAGCAAUGAAUGUCAGUGAAAUACAUGCUAUGGGUAUCCAUAUGCUCCCUGGAUACAGUGACCCUUAUCACGGUCGGCCACUGACAAAGGGAGAGCUGGGCUGUUUCCUCUCCCAUUAUAACAUCUGGAAGGAGGUUGUAGAGCGGCGCCUGCAAACAUCUCUGGUGAUAGAAGAUGACCUACGCUUUGAGGUCUUCUUUAAGCGCCGUUUGAUAAACUUAAUGAGUGAGAUUAAAGAGGAAGGACUUGACUGGGAUCUAAUUUACAUUGGUCGGAAAAGAAUGCAAGUGGAUCAUCCAGAGAAAGCCGUUCCAAACAUACACAAUCUAGUGGAAGCAGAUUAUUCAUACUGGACACUUGGCUAUAUGAUAUCAUUACAAGGUGCUAAGAAACUUUUAAAAGCAGAACCACUGAAGAGGAUUUUGCCUGUGGAUGAGUUUCUUCCUAUCAUGUAUAAUAAGCAUCCAGUCUCUGAUUAUAUGGAUCAGUUUGAAAAAAGGGACCUGAAGGCAUUUUCUGCAGAGCCUCUCCUUGUGUAUCCGACACACUACACAGGUGAUCCAGGCUACAUCAGUGACACUGAGACCUCAACUGUUUGGGACAACGACAAGGUCCGCACAGACUGGGACAGAGCACGCUCGGGAAAAACUCGGGAGCAGGCCAAGAUCAGCACCGAGGCUCAAAAUUCAGAUGUGCUCCAGUCACCUUUGGACAGCACAGCAAGAGACGAGCUUUAGAUGAAGACCAAGCCACCUUAGUUAUUUCAUUAUCUGUUACCCUAAAUCAUUUUUGUCUAGGAUUUCAGUAGAAAUACCACAUCAAAGUUCAUAGGAAGAUAAUAUUUAUCAGCGGGGACAGGAUAAGAAGGGAUAUUGGUGACCUUUUAUUGUAUUUUUAUGAUUUGCUUAAAUAAGACACUAGACUUGCAAUUUUGAAUGGCAUUUCUAAUAUUAUCUGCUAUCUGUUCUACAGAAACUGAUUGGUACAACACAUUUCAGUUAUUUCUGUUGAUUCAAUUUAGCAUUUAACCGUAAAAGACCUUUCAGGUUAUUAGUUUCUUUAAAUCACCUAAAAAUCGAGGUAUAAGCACUCUUUAAAGUCCCUUUAACCCACGUAGACCUGGUGUUCCAUAGAACCGUUUUUUAAGGAUGCUUUAGAAAUAUAUAGCUAACAUUCUGGCAUCACUACAUCUGCUGUUUUGUGCAGUUUUACAGGGAGGGGCAGAAAAUAAUAGCUUUCAGGAGAAGCCAUAGUUGUAAAUUUCAAGCAAAAGUAUUUUUAUCAAUUCUUAAUUUACUUUUGGAAAUGUGCCAUGAAUGGGAGGAGUUGGAGGUCACUGGAGAUUAAAGUGAGCAAUUUAUUUUUAGAUUGUUUUUUUUUAUGAUGUUAAAUUGGAACACAUUUAGCCAGAAUACAUUGACAAACUUUCAAAACAAUCAGCAAAGUAGGUUUAAAGUUCUGCUCGUAAAAAUAUUCAGUGUAUUUUUAUUUCCUUCUGUGUUAGUGUUGACAUUUAAUUGCUUCCAGAUGGAACCGCAAACCAUUUCUUAUCAUUUUCACACAGAUUGCCUUAAAUGUGUGGUUCAAAAAGAAGAUGGUUGGGUUUUUUUCUUUCAAGAAGCCCCAGAGAAAAACCACAUGCUGCUUACAUCUUAGAACACAUCAGUGGGUGGAGUGGGGUGGUAAUGGUCUUAAAUCAUGUCCUACCUGUCACCAGCUAACAGAUGAGUACAUUGUUACAUUGAUGCCUAAAAAUAUGUUCUGCUCUAUGGGGGACUUCUGUUAAAUUGGUAUAUUCCAAAGUAACACCAGCACAUCAAUAAGUAUAGGACUUUUUCAACAGUUCAUGUAUUUUGAUGUAUUAUUCCCAUGUAGUACAAAAUGGAAUUGGCUCAUCAAGUUAAAUUAUGUGGAGGGAAGGUAGCUGGUUUACCUUAAAAAAAUCAUACACAGCUAAAUAAAAUACAAAUUCCAAAAAUACAAAUGACCUUUCUGAGAUUUUAACUGGAUCCUUAUUUUUAAGAGAUAAUUUGAGACAUCCAAAACUGAUAAUUAACUGAAUUCCUCAUGACAGAGCUGCAUUCAGGAAAAAGUUGAGUUUUUGUGGAAGCCAUUUAUCAACUGAUUGCACAAAAGUGUGCAUUGUGCCAGCAAGUGGUGAAUAAAAGUUUUUGGAUUGUCA